AUGGCGGCGUGGUGCUCCGCCGAGUCCACCAAGCCGGUCUUCGUCGGGAUCUACGGCGCCGUCCUCGGCGGCUUCGCGGUCUCCGCGCUCUUCUUCCUGCUCUCCUCCUCCUCCUCGCUCUCCGCGCCCACGCUCCCGCUCCCGGCCGCCGCCAUCGCCGGGGCCAACCUCUCCGCGCCCACUCCCGCCCAGCCCGAGACCAUGUACAACCGCCCCAUCUGGAAGCCCCCGCCCCGGCGGGCGCGGAUGCCCUCUCCGCGCGCGUUCCGACUCACCCGCGACAUGGUCGCCGCCCGCGCCCGCGACGGCGUCAUCGUCGUCACCUUCGGCAACUACGCCUUCCUCGACUUCAUCCUCACCUGGGGGCGCCACCUCACCGACCUCGGCGUCGACAACCUCCUCGUCGGCGCCAUGGACACCAAGCUGCUCCGGGAGCUCUACUUCCGGGGCGUGCCCGUCUUCGACAUGGGCAGCAGGAUGGCCACCAAGGACGCCGGGUGGGGCUCCCCCACCUUCCACAAGAUGGGCAGGGAGAAGGUGCUGCUCAUCAACGCGCUCCUGCCUUUCGGGUACGAGCUGCUCAUGUGCGACACGGACAUGGUGUGGCUCAAGAACCCAUUGCCCUACCUUGCCCGAUACCCCGAAGCGGAUCUCCUCACGUCCAGCGAUCAGGUCAUACCCACCGUCACCGACGACAGCCUGGAGAACUGGAGGGAAGUUACUGGUGCAUUCAACAUUGGUAUUUUCCAUUGGCGACCCACUGAACCUGCUAAAAGGCUGGCAAAAGAUUGGAAAGAUUUAGUCAUAUCUGAUGAUAAGUUGUGGGACCAGAAUGCUUUUAAUGAUCUUGUACGCCAAAAAUUUGGACAGCCAGUUCAAGGAGGUGAUCUUGUAUAUUCUUAUGAUGGGAAACUGAAGCUGGGAGUACUACCGGCAAGUAUAUUUUGCAGCGGCCAUACAUAUUUUGUGCAGGGCAUGUAUAAGCAGCUUCAUUUGGAACCAUACGCAGUUCAUACUACUUUUCAGUAUGCGGGUACUGAAGGAAAGCGCCAUAGAUUGCGAGAGGCAGUGCUUUUCUUUGAUCAACCAUCUUAUUAUGAUUCUCCAGGAGGUUUCCUGUCAUUUAAACCUAACAUUCCAAAAAGUUUGCUAUUAGAUGGUGCUCAUACUGUUGAAUCUCAUUUUGAGUUGGUUAAUUAUGAGCUGAAGCAAAUAAGAACUGCACUUGCAGUCGCGUCCUUGUUAAAGCGGACACUGGUAAUGCCUCCAUUAUGGUGCAGGCUUGAUAGAAUGUGGUUUGGACAUCCUGGAAUUUUAGAAGGAACAAUGACCAGACAACCUUUUCUCUGCCCGAUGGAUCAUGUGUUUGAGGUUCAUGUUAUGCUAAAGGACUUGCCCAAGGAAGAGUUUGGUCCACAUAUUGAUUUCAGAGAGUACUCCUUUCUUGAGAAUCCAUCAUUACCUAAAGAGGUGAAAGAUUCGUUACUCGAUGUUCAACUCUGUGAUGAGCAUAGCUCCAGAUGCUCUGCAGUUGAUGAAACCGAUAAGCACAGACCCUUUCUUUUACCAAGAAAUAGUACUGAAGAAAAGCUGUUGGAUUUGCUGUCACCAUAUAAGGAUGUCAAAAUCAUACAAUUCUCAUCUAUGGUUGAUGCCUUCGGUGGUUUUGCUGAUGCAGCUGUGGAGAAGAAGUUCCGGAAUCGUGUGAAGAGGUAUGUGGGCCUAUGGUGCUGUGUAGAGUUCCGUGAAAUUGGUCACAUAUAUUAUGACAUGUACUGGGACGAGAAACCAGGGUGGAAGCCACACCCUCCAGAGACUAGGGAACAGGACCAUCCACCUUGGUCAUGA